AUGGCGGAGGAGUUGGAUGUCAUUGACAUCGAGGGAGACGAGUUUGAUGAUAAUGGGAGCGAUUUUGACGGCGGAGGAACUCUGCAGGAUCAGUAUUUAGAGUCGGCAUGGAAGCCCGACAGCGCGGCACUACCCUGGACCCUGGACAGCUCCAUCAGUGAGGAGAACAGAGAGGCCAUAGAGAACAUGCUUCUGGAGGAACAGUAUUAUUUUGCGGGUAAGACGGUGCCGAAGGUGGCGUGGACGACUGAUUCACCAAAAGUGAAAAAGUCAGCAGUGAGGAGCACAGGCGCUCCCGCCCGCUGGAGUCAGGAGGAGAGGGAGCUCUUUGAGACAGGACUGGCUCAGUUUGGGCGGCGCUGGACAAAGAUCUGCCGACUGAUUGGUACCAGAACCGUGCUUCAGGUGAAGACAUACGCCAGGCAGUACUUUAAGAACAAGGCCAAAGUUGAGGGGCGUGCUGUGGUCCUGUCAGCGGAGUCCCAGAGCGACCCGGUCCAGUCGCUCGGUCCUGUCCGGUCACACCUCCCGGCGCUGACUAACGCCGUGCGGAUCGAGCAGCUGUCGGACGACGAGGACGUUGACAUCACGGACGACCUGAGCGAUGAGGGAGUCCAGACAGGGAGUCAGGAGGAGCAGGAGGGGGAACAGAGGGAGUCAGAGGAGCCAGACAGUCAGGGAGAACCCAGCCUGAGCGGUACUCCCCCCGCAGACACACUCACAGACGGAGGAGACCCUGGCCCCGUCGGACCCGCGGACUCGGACAGAACAGGGCUCUGCGGUGAGCAGGCUGACCCUGGACCGGCAGAGAGGAGUGAAACCCAGACGUCUCCUCCAGCCAGUCCUGACACACACCCCCCGUCUGCAGACGCCAACGGCACCCUGGAAAAGGAAGCCGUGGGGGAGGAGUCUGAGGAAGAGCAAGAGGAAGGGGCGGAACUAAAGGCCCCUGAACAGGAAGUGACACUUGACAUGAGUGUUAUCACCGAGGAGGAGAAACAGGCUAUCCCAGAAUUCUUUGAGGGUCGUCCGUCUAAAACCCCAGAGAGAUAUGUGAAAAUCCGUAACUACAUUCUGGACCAGUGGUUGAGGACUAAACCCAGGUACUUGAAUAAGACGUCAGUGCGUCCAGGUUUAAAGAACUGCGGAGAUGUCAACUGCAUUGGCAGAAUACACACUUACCUGGAGCUCAUAGGAGCCAUCAACUUCAACUGUGACCAGGCAGUGUAUAACCGACCGCGGACCGUGGACCGCUCACGGCUGAAGGAGGGGAAGGAUGCGUUGGAAGCCUAUCAGCUGGCUCAGAGGCUGCAGUCCAUGCGCACGCGGAAGCGGCGAGUUCGGGAUAUGUGGGGGAACUGGUGCGACGCUAAGGACCUGGAGGGGCAGACAUUUGAGCACCUAAGUGCAGAGGAACUGGCCCUCAGGAGAGAGGAGAUGAAAAGACAGCCAAAGCCCUGCAAACUGCCAAAGCACAGAGGCGUUUCUGUGGAUCCGUUCCAGCUCAUCCCAUGCCGAGUGUUUGGGGAAGAGAGACAGGAGCCAUUUAAAGUGAUAGUUUGUGCGGAGGCUCUGGUCGUCAUGGAUAUGCAUGCCCAUGUGUCUCUGGGGGAGGUGAUCGGCCUGCUGGGCGGAGACUACGAUGAGGAGAAGAGAGAGCUGAAGAUCUGUGCAGCGGAGCCCUGUAGCAGUCUGAGCACUGGGCUGCAGUGUGAGAUGGAUCCUGUCUCCCAGACCCAGGCCUCUGAAAUGCUGGGGGUCAAAGGUCACCGUGUGGUGGGCUGGUACCACUCGCACCCAGCGUUCGACCCAAACCCGUCCGUCAGGGACAUCGACACCCAGGCCAAAUACCAGAGUUAUUUUUCCAGGGGCGGGGCUCCGUUCAUUGGAGUGAUUGUCAGUCCCUAUAACCCCAGUAACCCCUCCCCUGUGUCCCAGAUCACCUGCCUGGUCGUGAACGAAGAGAUUGGACCUUCUGGCACCAAUCAGAAGGUACCAUACAAGUUCCAGUUCCAGAACUCUCCGGAGAUUCCUGAUUGGUCAGAGGUGAUGAGACGAGCAGAGUGGGUGGUGUUUAAAUAUCGGAAAUCACACGGGAGUGUACCCAUGGACAGGCUUUUCCGCAGAGAUUCCUCCUUUACCUGCCUAGAAAAGAUGCUGGCUUCACUAAGGAAGGUUCUGGACCAGUUGCCGGAGGUGGAAAUGGAGACGGUCUUAGUUCAGAUUGAGACCCUGUUUGUAACAUAUUUUACCUCUGAGAGAGAGACUUCCCAGGAUGAGAGUGGCUCCUCCUCUCAUGCCACUGAGCCAACCGCACAGUACCCUUCACACACAUUUCCAACGACACAGCCAAUCAGCAACAAUCAGGCCAUAAGCACAGUGGAUAAUGGACCCAUCGUACAGUCUGGCAACCCUGAGGUGGAGAACAUGUUCCAAUCUGGCAACUUGGAGAAAAGAUCAACAUUCUGUAAUGAAGAGGAUCUGCCUGAGUCACAAUCCAACACCAGUGCAGAAAUGGUGUAAUUUGUCCUUACAAUUGGCAACCCACAGAGAACUAAUUUUGUGCAGUUUGUUUAUGCAGAGAUUUGUAUUUUAAAUCCUUUAGUCUGACAUUGAACAUCAGGAGAUCAGGAUUCUAGUCAUUUUUUGU